AUGCCUGCCCGCGCAAUCCAGAAAUCAAAAUCUCACCAGGGGCCGCUGGUCCCGAACCUUCUUCCCUGCAGGAUACAUCGUGAUGGGAGUGUGGAUGCUUCGGGGCGGUAUUGGAAGCCGGUUUUGAAAGAUGGCAAGAAAAUUGCCUAUUUCAGAGGACGCAAACUAUACGGCCGAGAAUUCAAGGUUCCGCAAGGAUACAAAGGCGUGGUGCUCUUAAAAACAAAUCGGGUAUUACCGAGAGAGAAUCAAGAUCGAUAUGCCGGACACGAAGAUACCGCGGAUAUAGAAGAAAACGAAGAGGAGCAGGAGACGGGAAUCCUGGAGGAAAAGGCGACUUUCGAUAAUGUGAUGGUUUGGGGUCAUGAAGUGCUGGUUGACAAGGAGGAUGUUUAUGUGAGGGCGUUGGAGGAGUGGGUUGGUGUUGCUGAAUCGAUCCAUUCUUUCGCAGAAGAGAAGAGCGAUGCGGCGUUGGGAGGGGAAAAAUAG